CUCUGCGAAGAAGUCAAAGAUGGCGGGGGCAAUGUCCCUUUGCUGGUUGAGAGUCCGCAGCGGGCUUUGCCUGCCUCUGACGGUUCGGCGGGCAAGUUCGUGUGAACGGGCACCCAGUUGCAGAUUUUAUUCUGGAAGUACAACCCUUCCAAAGGUCAACGGAACUGAUAAAACAGGGAUUGAAGAAAUAGUCAUUCCAAGAAAGAAAACUUGGGAUAAAGUAGCCGUUCUUCAAGCACUUGCUUCCACAGUAAACAGGGAUACCACGGCUGCCCCUUAUGCCUUUCAGGAUGAUCCAUACCUCAUACCAACAUCCUCUAUGGAAUCUCGUUUGUUUUUAUUGGCAAAGAAGUCUGGGGAGAAUGCAGCAAAGUUUGUUAUUAAUUCACAUCCCAAAUAUUUUCAGAAGGACAUAGCUGAACCUCAUAUACCGUGUUUAAUGCCUGAGUCCUUUGAACCUCAGAUCGAAGAUGUAAGUGAAGCUGCCCUGAAGGAACGAAUCAAGCUCAAAAAAGUCAAAGCUUCCGUGGACAUGUUUGAUCAGCUCUCACAAGCAGGAACCACUGUGUCUCUUGAAACAACUAAUAGUCUCUUGGAUUUAUUGUGUUACUGUGGUGACCAGGAGCCCCCAGCUGAUUAUCAAUUUCAGCAAACUGAACAGUCAGAAGAAUUGGAAGAGGCCACAGAAGAAAAUAGCAAGAAAUCUAGGACGAAGGCUGGUCAUCAGUUUAGAGUUACUUGGAGAGCAAACAAUAAUGCUGAGAGAAUUUUUGCUCUGAUACCAGAGAAAAACGCACAUUCCUACUGCACAAUGAUCCGAGGAAUGGUGAAGCACCGAGCUCAUGUGCAGGCGUUAAACUUGUACACCGAGUUAUUAAACAGCAGACUCCGUGCUGAUGUAUAUACCUUCAAUGCAUUGAUUGAAGCAAAAGCAUCAAUGAGAAAUGAAAAAUUUGAGGUGAAAUGGAAUAAUAUAUUGGAGCUGCUUAAAGAAAUGGUUGCACAGAAGGUGAAACCAAAUCUACAGACUUUUAAUACCAUUCUGAAAUGUCUCCGAAGAUUUUCUGUACCUGCAAGAUUGCCAGCUUUACAGACCUUACGUGAGAUGAAAGCUGUCGGAAUAGAACCCUCGCUUGCAACAUAUCACCAUAUUAUUCAGCUGUUUUAUCAACAUGAAGGCCUUUCAAAAGCGUCAUCCCUUAUCAUCUAUGAUAUAAUGAAUGAAUUAGUGGGAAAGAAAUUUUCUCCAAGGGACCCGGAUGAUGGUAUAUUUUUUCAGUCAGCCAUGAAAGUUUGCUCAUCUCUCAGAGAUCUAGAACUUGCUUACCAAGUACAUGGCCUUUUAAACACUGGAGACAACCGGAAACUCCUUGGACCUGAUUAUCAGCGUAAUUUCUAUUAUUCCAAGUUCUUCAGUGUGCUUUGUUUAAUGGAACAAAUUGAUGUCACCUUGAAGUGGUAUAAGGACCUGAUACCUUCAGUCUUUUUUCCUCACUCCCAAACAUUGAUAGAUCUUCUCCGAGCAUUGGAUGUGGCCAAUCGGCUGGAAGUCAUUCCUCAAAUUUGGAAAGAUAGUAAAGAAUACGGUCACACUUUUCGCAGUGAACUGAGAGAAGAGAUCCUGAUGCUCAUGGCAAGGGAUAAGCACCCACCAGAGCUUCAGGUGGCAUUUGCUGACUGUGCUGCAGAUAUCAAAUGUACAUAUGAAAGCCAAGAUGACAGACAUACUGCUCCCGAUUGGCCAGCCAACCCUCUCAGCUGUAUUGCUGUCCUCUUUUUAAGGGCUGGGAGAACCCAGGAAGCCUGGAAAAUGUUGGGGCUUUUCAGGAAGCAUAAUAAGAUCCCUAGAGGUGAGUUGCUGAAUGAGUUUAUGGACAGUGCAGCCAUGUCCAGCAGUCCCUCCCUGGCCAUUGAGGUGGUGAAGCUGGCCAGUGCCUUCAGCUUACCUGUUUGUGAGGGCCUCACCCAGAGAGUAAUGACUGACUUUGCCAUCAACCAAGAACAAAAGGAAGCCCUGGGCAACCUAACUGCAUUGACCAGCGACAGUGAUAGUGACAGCGACAUUGACAGCAGCAGCAGCAGUGACACUGAUGAAGGCGAAUGAAAAUGGGAGAUUCCAGAGCAGUGAUGGCCUACCUAUGGCUAUAGGAAUCACAUUUUAGAGCUGAGAUGUUAAUAAAGUGCUGGCUUACUUAGAUUAAGCUAAUUAGCUACUUGUUAAACCGUCUGUUAACACAUCAUUUUUAAACAGCAGCACCAUUUUCAUUUCUUAAGACACACCUUGUGGGUCUGUGUCUCUGGGCGUUGGGAUAAGCCCUGCACACCUGCAGGUGGGCUGACGUCAUGCUGCCAUUGUUAGCGGACAGUUGUCCUCUCCCUGCUGCUGGACUUCAGACUUUGUUGGCCUGAUGUGCCACUAUGAUGCUGGUCUUCCUUCAUCUUAGAAACAGUGUCUGAAGGAGGUUUUCAUGCAGUUACAAUUGCUGUGAGGUCAAUAGUGUCCCAAUUUCAGGGAUAUUUAGAUGUGAAAAUAGGCAUAUUAGAGUUGAUUAGACAGGAUUAAUGGCAGUUUAGGCUGCACAACUGUUAAAAUGAAGACUAAAUAAAAAUGUAUAUGUGUA